GCCGCCGCGCCUGCCGCACCCGCAGCACCCGCUCCCGCGGGCCCAGGCCCAGGCCCAGGCGCCGGGCCGCGCCGCGGGCAGAGGCCCAGGUCGGGCGCCCGGCUGCUGAGCAGGCCCCGCGGCCGCCGCGCGGGCCGCCUCCGUCCGCCCGCCGCCGCCGUCCCUCCCCCCGCGGCCCCCAGACAUGACAGCCAUCAUCAAGGAGAUCGUGAGCAGAAACAAAAGGAGAUACCAAGAGGAUGGAUUCGACUUGGACUUGACCUAUAUUUAUCCAAACAUCAUUGCUAUGGGGUUUCCUGCAGAAAGACUUGAAGGCGUAUACAGGAACAACAUCGAUGAUGUAGUCAGGUUUUUGGAUUCAAAACAUAAAAAUCAUUACAAGAUAUACAAUCUAUGUGCUGAAAGACAUUAUGAUGCCACCAAAUUUAACUGUAGAGUUGCACAGUAUCCUUUUGAAGACCACAACCCGCCCCAGCUAGAGCUCAUCAAACCUUUUUGUGAGGAUCUCGACCAGUGGCUAAGUGAAGAUGACAAUCAUGUUGCAGCAAUUCACUGUAAAGCAGGAAAGGGACGAACUGGUGUAAUGAUUUGUGCAUAUUUAUUACAUCGAGGAAAGUUCUUAAAGGCACAAGAGGCUCUAGAUUUCUAUGGGGAAGUCAGGACCAGAGACAAAAAGGGAGUGACUAUUCCCAGCCAGAGGCGCUAUGUGUAUUACUAUAGUCACCUGUUAAAGCACCAUUUGGAUUACAGACCAGUGGCCCUGCUCUUUCACAAGAUGAUGUUUGAAACAAUUCCAAUGUUCAGUGGUGGAACUUGCAAUCCUCAGUUCGUGGUCUGCCAGCUGAAGGUGAAGAUCUACACCUCCCCUUCAGGGCCCACAAGGCGGGAAGACAAGUACAUGUACUUUGAAUUCCCCCAGCCUUUGCCGGUGUGCGGUGACAUUAAGGUGGAAUUCUUCCACAAGCAGAACAAGAUGCUCAAGAAGGACAAAAUGUUUCACUUUUGGGUAAAUACAUUCUUCAUACCAGGACCAGAGGAAAACUCAGACAAAGUAGAAAAUGGAAGUCUUUGUGGUGAUCAAGAGAUUGAUAGUAUUGGCAGCGCCGAGCGAUCAGAUAAUGACAAAGAAUAUCUCAUACUCACAUUAUCCAAAAACGAUCUUGACAAAGCGAAUAAAGACAAGGCCAACAGAUACUUUUCUCCAAACUUUAAGGUGAAGCUUUUCUUCACAAAAACUGUAGAGGAGCCGGCAAACCCAGAGGCCAGCAGUUCCACUUCAGUCACCCCGGACGUUAGUGACAAUGAACCUGAUCAUUAUAGAUACUCGGACACCACUGACUCUGAUCCAGAGAACGAGCCUUUUGAUGAAGAUCAACACACACAGAUCACAAAAGUCUGAAUAUUUUUUUUAUCAAGAGGGAAAAAUAGAGACAAACUUGAAGAACCUGAAAAAGGACCUUUUUUUUAAAUGGCAAUAGGACAUUGUAUCAGCUGACCAGUGAUAGGAACAAUGACCUUUCCCUGACCAGUUCCGUCGGGGCCUCUCCACCGGUGACAGGCUUGCCAUGCUCGUCCCGUCCCGUGGGAAGGAGGCCGCCUGCCUCGUUAUUAUCUGUAUAUACCUUUUGUGUUCAAAGGACACUUAAAAGUUUCAAUUAGGAAAAAUAAAGAUGGCACUUUCCCUUUUUCCAGUUUUAUACAAGUGGAGGCAGACCUGGUGUGUGAUGCGUAGGGAUGUCCCUUUGUGUUCUGUCCCCUCCCGAUGUGGCUUCAGAGCUCCCCGAGCUGUCCCGGUUCACAGCCUGCCCCUUUGCACUCCCGUGGCGACAGAUAGGGCUGCAGUUGGUGGCGAGGAGUUUCCCCAAGGGUCCGACUCCGUUGUGGUUGCAUGGAUUGGGUUGAGGGGGGUGGAGAGAAUGCUCAGAAAGGAAUCUCUUUGAUGCUGGACUCUGGACCAGGUACCAUCUCCAGCUGUUCUACAGGCACCUUUCUUUAGCAUGCUACAGUAAUUAAUCCUGGACAUUGGAGAAAUUGGCCGCUCUCACUGCUUGUUGUUUGUGCAUUUUAUUUUUUUAAGCAUAUUGGUGCUAGAAAAGGCAGCUAGAAGGAGUGAUUCUGUAUUAGGGGUACAGGAAUGAACCUUCCGCAACAUCCUAGAGCCCCACAGGUGAGGGGUCUAAGCCGAAGGGGGGGUCCUAGCUAAGAAGAAACACAGCAACAAUGACUUCACCAUACAAAUGUGGAGGCUGGAGACAAACACCACGAUUCAAACCUUGACAGUGCUCUCUGAAAUGUGCUUUCUCGCUUGUCCUGACCGCUCCCUCUCCCGUGUAAUCGAGGCCAGUGCUAAAGGUCAGAGGUUGUCAGUCCACACAUCAGCCCCCCCCCCCCCCCCCCCCCCC